UUGUCAGAUUGUGGACUGAAGAAUUGGCAGCAGCCCAUACAAUGUAGUUGGUCUUCAACUAGUUCUCCAACUAUAUGUUUAGUAGGUCACGGGUGAUAAACCGUUUAGGACGGUGGAUACAACCGUGUCCUUCGUGAUUUUCCACACGGAGAGAAAAUAACGUGUUUUGUUUGAGCAGUUCUUAGUUUAGAAAAACUUAACUGUUAUCACAAAAGAAACUAGCUAGCUGAAGAGCUAGCGGCUGCACUAACGUUGUUGUUAGAAUAACAGCACGCGAGCUUUAUUUUUGACGACUGGGUUAACGUUAGACGGCAGGCUUCAGCUUUAGGUAAACACUGACGUUUAGGCGAUUCGUGAACUCUUACAGACUCCGAAAAGCACGAACGCGACGGUGUGAAUGUCUUGUCGGAGUGGAAUGGCACGGGUGGGUAAUCCAGGACUGCAGCCCCUCCGAGCCACGGUCCCGUUCCAGCUCCAGAACCGAACCGCACCACGCUGCAAAGAUGCCAAAACAGCCGAAUGUAGAACGAAGGGCCGUCCACCGAAGCCAACCUUGCGACGGACAUUAUCUCUGGAUACUUUAGUGGGGCCGUACCUGCAAGGCCAUUGGCCUAAGGAACCAGAGUGUCAGCCCAUUACCUGCGUCAAUGAUAAAGCCACACAGACACCCAGUUCCUGGAGAGAAGACACACGAGGAAGGAGAGGGGGCAGCGGUCACAAACGCUCUGCAUCGUGGGGCAGCGCCGAGCACCUCAGAGAGGUCGCUAAGCUACGGCAGUCCCUACAGAAACGCUCCAGACAUGCGCCUCCUGCCAUGGAUUGCGAACACACACACCAACACAUGCACACCAGCCAAACGCACACACCUGGAAGUACACAGACGAUGCCUCUGAUUCCACUGAGCAGACUGGCUCCCAGACUGAGACGCAGCGUGGAGGGAUUGAACCUGGAACUGGAGGGAGUCUUUGUGUCAGAAACAGCAAAGGAACCUCACAAAAUUCUCGAUGUUCCAGAUGGUCACAGAGCACCUGUUCCUGCACAGAGGCAUAGCAGUAAUUCACAAAGUGACCCUUCUCCUGCCCAGCUGUCUCCCUCACACUCACCCUGCACCAUCACAGACGCCGAUAUGGUAGUGUGUGGAUCGGUCGGCCCGCCUUCAUCUCCUCCUCUAUGUAUGUCUGAGCCACCGUCCUCCUCCCCACGACCAAACAAAACAUACGUGUUCCAGAGAGAGCCUCCAGAGGGAUGCGAGAGAGUGCGUGUGUCUGAGGAGGCCAUACUUUCCUGUCGGGGAAAUCCCCCUCGCCUGCCCUCCUGUCCUGACCCUAACAAGGUGAAUUUUACACCUCACGGAGUAUCCGCCUUCUGCCCUGUCAGUCUCCUCAAGCCCCUACUCCCCUCUAUGGACCUGUUGUUUCGUGGCCUGUCUGUUUCACCUGUGACAGGCUGUUCCGCUCAAGGUCCUGGCACACAUGCUGUAGGUGGUUACAUGAACGGACCUUUCCCAGACUCAACCACAACUUCUCUGUAAAGAGGACAUUCAUGAUGGGAAAAGAAAUUAAAGACAAGAAUUUUGUGACUGCCUUAUCAAAGACUUGACAUUAAGCGUCUCAAGAAAAUUUGUUGUGGGACAGAGGGAAAAAUGAAUGUACGAAAUGGAGAACUUUCAACCUAUGGAGGCUGUAUCAAAAACUCUUUGGUGGACUCUCAGCAAUGACGUGCCGGCGACUUGUUGACCUCAGGGCGUUCCAGUUGGCACUUGAUUGUUUUCUUCAAAUUUUAUAGUCUGUUGCUAUAAAUAUCUUUAUUGCUAUAGUACAAUAUUGAUGACUAAGAAUAUGUAAUUUUUUAGCUCUCUUGUAAGAUAGCAGAAACAAUAACGGUCAUUUUGAACAUAAGACUCUUUAAUUCAGUAUUCACAAACGCAAGUCAUUAUUUCAUGCUGACUUUUUCUCUGACCUGAAAAGUCACACGUAGUCCAAAGCAUCUAUGAAAUCUAUUCUUUGGCCUCUAAAGAGCUGUUUAUGUCUCAACGUGGCAUUUUAUAACGAGAACUGAUAUCUUCAGUGUUGUCAAAUGCUGGGUUCGCUUUACAUGUCUGUUUAGCAGAUAAUAUUAUAUACAUCUUCUAAGAGUCAUCUUCGACAGUGUCACUUUUUCCUAAGUUAGGCUUUAAUAGUGUAGAUAUUUCAGACACUAUACAGAGAAUGGCAAAGCAACAAAAAGGGUAUUUGAUGGUAGUUUAUUGUGGGCAUCUCACACAAUUCAGUGUAAAAUGAGCACCAACGAGACCCUAUUAAAAGGGUUUAUUUUGCUACACACAUGAAAUCUAUUUCUUCUGAACAUAGCACAUUAUCUAUUUAAUGCUUAAUAAUAGUGUUCAUAAUGUUCGAGCUGGGCACUAAGCUGAUUAUUUACACUCUUUAGCUUGUAUACACAGACAAGACCAUUUGCAUUGAGGUACAAUACAUACAUUAAAGAAUGGGACAAAGCAAGCUGUUGAUUGCUGACAUCACCUUAAAUUUAAAGCACUGUUAUAAUCCCAUUUAUUUCCAUGGAUAGAUGGGGCAGACAGCAGUAUUGUGCCUUAGUCUGACAUUAUCUACUUGUAGUUUUUUAAAGUUCUACGUUUACUAUUACUUUGUUCUGCAAUGGGGUGUUGUUUUUUUCUGUUAAUUGUAUUCUGUUGCCCCGUAAUAUGCUGUCAUAAAUUUAAGUUGUGCAUUUAUGUUAUCGAUUCUGAUUGCCAUAAAUGAGAAACAAGCUCU